AUGGCUUUACCAGUGAUGGUGAUGUCCGAGACGAUGAUACCCCAGGUAAUCACCAAGUCGAGGGGCUGGCCAUCGAUCCAGUUGUUUCUUCAACAGGUGACAUUGCUUCUGAACCUGAUUGAGGAUCUUCUAUCCAUUGUGAGUAGUAAGGAAAAGGAGGAAGAGGAGCAAGCUGUGAACAGGCAGACGGCACUCUACAGCUUGAAGCUACUGUGCAAGUGCUUCGGUACUAAUCAGCAAAAUCCAUUUGUGCCUGUGCUGACGACAGCCGUUGACCUGAUCACAGGUGAUAGUGAGGAGGAAAGAAACGUGCUGGCAAGUGCAUUGCUCUGUGUAGCUGAAGUUACCUCUGCACUCAAAGCAUUAGCAAUACCACAGCUUCCAAGGCUAAUGCCAGGGCUGUUGAAGAUGUUGAGAAACCACAAGGCCCUGCUGUCCAAUGAGAUUUAUUUGCUGAGUGCUGUUGCAGCCUUGCAGAAAGUUACAGAAACGUUACCUCACUUCAUUAGUCCCUACCUGCUGGGCAUUCUGACACAAAUCACCUGCUUGACACAGAUUGCUUCCAGGCCAAGCCACUCCUCACAACUCAACCUACGACUCACAUCUCUCCGCACCACCCUAGCCACGAAGCUCGCUCCUCGGGUUCUGUUGCCUGCAGUUAGUAAAUGUUACAAUAAACUUGUUGACACUAAUCAGAACUGUUUGGGUCCACUCAUGCUUAUCCUCAAGGAAAACAUCAGUCACAUGGAAAAGGAACAACUGAACUCCCAUCAGUCUGAGCUUACGUCAUUCUUCCUCAAAGCCCUGGAUUUCAGAGCAGAUCAUUUGGAGGUUGACUUGGAUAAAGUGAGUGAAAUUGAGGGUCACAUCAUUAACUGCCUCAUCGUUAUGGUGAUGAAACUUUCAGAGAUUACGUUCAGGCCUCUGUUCUUCAAGCUCUUCGACUGGUCCAAGUCAGAAGGACAGCCCAAGGAUCGAAUGAUCACAUUCAGCCGUUUAGCAGACUGCAUCGCAGACAAGCUGAAAGGAUUGUUCACCUUGUUUGCUGGAAACUUAGUGAAACCUUUCGCUGACAUUCUGAACCAGACAAAUUCGGUCAAGACUGAUGAAGCUUUCUUUGACUCCAAAUGGAAUACAGAAAAAUCAUGCUUACUGCUUCAAUUUGUCAUCAACUGCCUGCACAAAAUUUUCCUGUAUGACACUCAUCGAUUUGUCAGCAAGGAAAGAGCUGAUGCUCUUAUGAUGCCCUUAGUUGAUCAGCUGGAGAAUAUGCUGGGAGGGGAAGAAAAGUACAAGGAAAGAGUGGUCACUCAUGUUAUCCCAUGUGUCGCUCAGUUUUCUGUUGCCCUUGGUGAUGAUUCUCUGUGGAAACCACUGAAUUAUCAGAUACUGUUAAAGACCAGGGACAGUUUGGCAAAGGUGAGGUUUUCUGCUCUGCUUAUGCUGUUGGAAUUAGCCAGUAAAUUGAAGGAGAACUACAUGCUCCUAUUACCAGAAGCCAUCCCAUUCCUGGCAGAGCUGCUGGAAGAUGAAUCUGAAGAAGUGGAGAACCAAUGCCAGAAAGUUAUUCAGCAACUCGAGGUCAUACUGGGAGAGCCACUGCAGAGCUAUUUUUGAAACAUCAAGUCACACAAUUGUUCAUAACAAUAUUGUUAUAUAUAGAUCUUCAAUGCAGAUUUCUGAUUUCUUUUGGAAUUUUGAAUGUAAGUGUUUUCCGCAAAUGUUAAUUAACAUCACAGGUGUGAUUUGAGCAGACAGAUUCUUAUCUCACUUGUGGUAAAAGAACUGAAUGCCAGCAGGUUGGGCAUCUAAAAUCUGGACAAUGUUUAUAUGUCGUAAUCAAGUGAUUUGACUUGUUUUAGGCACUAUGUGGGCUUUAGUUUGGAGGCAUCCCAAAUAGUUUGGAGGCAUCCCAAAUAGCUUUUACUGCAUCGACCAACAUUUGGUUUCCCUUUGAAAAUUCUGCUAAAGGAAUCAACAUUUAAUAAAUGAAUCAGAAACCA